AUUCUCACGAAUGCCCUGUUCCAGGUCCGUCCGAAGGGGAACCCAAAGGCUUUUGACAAGCCAAAAUGCAAGAUUUCUGCAUCUCGGAAACUCUCCCUCAAGAUGCUGCUCCUCAGUAGAGCCAUGGAAGAGUUGGAGAAGGAGAAACAAGAUAGGGAUGAAGAGAAAUCACGCUACCUGAAUGAAAAAAUGGCUCCUCUACAACUCGGAGGGCUUUCACUGGCAGAAUUACAAAAUCUGUGCAAAGAACUCUAUGACAAGAUUGAAAUUGUAGAUGAAGAGCGGUAUGACUGUGAGGCUAAAGUUAUGAAGCACAAUAUUGAUAUUCGUGAACUGAAGCUGAAAAUUCAGGAUCUUGGAGGAAAGUUUAAGAAGCCGGCUUUGAGGAAGGUCCGAGUUUCUGCUGAUGAGAUGAUGCGUGCUCUACUGGGCUCCAAACACAAGGGCUCCAUGGACCUGCGGGCCAACCUCAAGUCUGUCAAGAAGGAGGAUAUCAAACAAGAAAAGGUCCUGACCACAGAGGUAGGCGACUGGCGUAAGAAUGUGGAGGCCAUGUCUGGUAUGGAAGGAAGGAAGAAGAUGUUUGAUGCUGCUGGUGGAACCCAGUAAUCUGCAUUCUGGAGUCAUGUGAACAGAAGACUCAAAAUGGAACAAAAAAAAAAAGAAAAAGAAA